UGUCAGUUACAGGGACACUUCCACCUGAAUAUGAUGCACAAGUCUGGAGAUGUUGUUCUUGGUGGGUUGUUUGCAUUCCAUUUAUUUUCGGUCACUCCUGAUCUUUCAUUUAAUUCUGAGCCCCAACAACCUUCCUGCUACAGUUUCAAUAUUCAAGGAUUCAGGCAGGCUCAGACCAUGGCAUUUGCUAUUGAUGAGAUCAACAGAAAUUCCAACCUACUUUUGAAUGUGACUCUGGGAUACAAGCUUUAUGAUAACUGUGUCAAUGUUGGAGUUGGAUUCCGUGCUGCCUUGUCUUUAGCCAGUGGUCAAGAGACAGAGUUUAAAUUAGAUGAAACCUGUGUGGGAACCCCUCCUGUGUUGGGAAUUGUGGGUGAUUCUUCCUCUACACGUACUAUUGCCAUCUCAUCUGUCUUAGGUUUGUACAGAGUGCCAAUGGUGAGUUACUUUGCAACAUGUUCUUGCUUGAGUGACCGAAAAAAGUUUCCAUCCUUCUUCCGGACUAUCUCAAGUGAUGCUUUCCAAGUACGUGCUAUAAUUAACAUUUUAAAACACUUUGGCUGGACCUGGGUUGGUCUGCUCGUCAAUGAUGAUGACUAUGGACUCCAUGCUGCCUGAUCUUUCCAGUCUGACUUGGUUGAAUCUGGUGAAGGUUGUCUGGCUUACUUAGAAGUUUUGCCUUUAAACAAGAAGCCAACUGAAUUUAAGAGGAUUGUGAAAAUAAUGAAGCAAUCUACAGCUCAUGUGGUGAUUGUAUUUGCACAUGAAAGUCAUAUGAUUCAACUCACAGAAGAGGUGGUAAAACAAAAUGUGACAGGUGUGCAGUGGAUGGCCAGUGAAGGGUGGACAUCAGCUGCCAUUCUCCACACCCCCGAACUCAUGCCAUACCUGGGUGGGACCCUGGGCAUCGCCAUCCGACGAGGAGAAAUUCCAGGUCUAAAGGAGUUUCUGACAAAAAUACAUCCUGACCAACACCACAACAACAGCUAUGGACGUAGCUUGGUAAAACAGUUUUGGGAAUUCACAUUUCAAUGUAGAUUUGCCCCACUUCCAGCAGGCUGGGUGGAAUCUGGGGGAGCUCUAUGCACUGGACAGGAAGAUCUAAAAAACGUGAAGAGUGAGAUUUUGGAUGUUUCAAAUCUGAGGUCAGAGUACAAUGUCUACAAGGCUGUGUACGCACUGGCAUAUGCCCUUGAUGACAUGCUGCAGUGUGUGCCAGGGAGAGGACCUUUCAGAGGGAAAAGCUGUGCCAGUUUAAACAAGCUAGAGCUUUGGCAGCUUGUGCAUUACUUGCAAAAUGUCAAUUUCAACACAUCAUCUGGUGACCAGGUGCUAUUUGAUGAGAAUGGUGAUGCCUUACCAAUCUAUGACAUUGUUAACUGGCAGUGGCUCCCUGAUGGAACAAUAAAGAUUGAGAAUGUGGGUGUGUUUCAAAAGUCAGCCUGGAAAGGUGAAGAGGUUAAACUUGAAGAAAAUAGAAUCUUCUGGAAUUUACAAUUCAAAGAGCCACCCCAAUCAGUGUGUAGUGAAAGCUGUCCACCUGGCACCCGCAAUGCAAGAAAGAAAGGGAAGCCUGUCUGUUGUUUUGAAUGUGUGCCAUGCUCUGAAGGAACGAUCAGCAAUAAAACCGACUCCAUGGAAUGCACCAGCUGCCCAGAAGACCUUUGGUCAAGUUCACGGCGUGACCAAUGCAUUCCUAAAGGAAUAGAGUUCCUGUCCUAUCAUGAGCCUCUGGGUAUCUGCUUGACAACUGCCUUGUUGCUGGGGACAUUUAUCUGUGCUGUUGUCCUCUGGAUCUUCACAUAUUAUCGCAGUACACCCAUAGUGCGAGCCAACAAUUCAGAACUGAGCUUCCAGCUCAUACUUUCACUCAAACUGUGCUUCCUGUGCUCACUGCUGUUCAUUGGCCGGCCUCUUCUAUGGACAUGUCAGCUGAGGCAUGCAGUGUGUGGGAUCAGCUUUGUGCUUUGUGUCUCAUGUAUCCUGGUAAAAACCAUGGUGGUUCUGGCUGUGUUUAAGUCCUCCAAACCAGGAGAUGGACCCAGGUUGAAAUGGUUUGGUGUGAAGCAACAGAGAGGGACAGUUCUGGCUUUGGGUUCUGUCCAGGCAGUAAUCUGCAUUGCUUGGCUUACGUCUUCCUCUCCAGCUCCUCAUAAAAACACUCAGUAUCAGAAUGACAAAAUAGUUUAUGAAUGUGUUGUUGGUUCCACAGUUGGUUUUGCAGUGUUAUUGGGUUAUAUUGGCUUUCUGGCUGUCCUCAGCUUCCUGCUUGCAUUUCUGGCCAGGAAUCUUCCUGAUAGCUUUAAUGAGGCUAAACACAUCACUUUCAGCAUGCUGAUAUUCUGUGCUGUGUGGGUGGCAUUUGUUCCGACUUAUAUCAGCUCCCCUGGUAAAUAUGCAGAUGCAGUGGAAGUAUUCGCCAUCCUGGCCUCCAGUUUUGGCCUCUUGGUUGCACUUUUUGGACCAAAAUGUUACAUUAUCCUCCUAAGACCUGAGAGAAACACAAAGAAGGCAAUCAUGAGCCGAGGUAUUGAAACUUAA